CACCAGGCAAUGCAGUUACAAAUUCAAGAAGGCGCAAGGCUCGUGCUUGCCACUGUCACGGAGUCUAACACUAUCGCAACGUACGAUGGGAUAGCCACACGCCAAGCUGGGCGGCCAUCUUGCUUUCUCUUCGUACUGACAAUGGCGUAAAAUUAAUGUGCAAUUUCGGAUUAGUUUCAAACUUUAGAAGCCUUGCAAAAUGGGGGACAUGGAAAUUGUUAGACAGUUCAAUAGCGAAGUAUGUAUAUCAUCAUUUAAGCUUGUCCUUGCUUGAUUAAUGUUGUUUAACACGUUGUUAGGAGGACGUGUUUGUGUUAAUGCUUCGUCGAAAGUAUAUGCUUCGAUCUUUUUUCAGCUGUCAACAAUCUAUGAAACCAAGCCACCUAUCUCGAAAGCGAAGGUAGCUUCAGUUACCAGGCUUGCUGUUAAAGCCAUCAAGGUAGAUUUUGUCCUUCGAUAAACUUGUUUUUGCGGAAAAAAGUGGAUGUUCGCAAGGGUCCAACUUCUAAUCAUUGUGGUCUCAUUGCAGUAUUACAAGCACGUGGUGCAAAGCAUCGAAAAAUUUGCACAGAAGGUCAGUUGAAAAUAUUGUUUGACUGAAGCGGUAUUGUACAUUUUGAUUAGUAGAAGGGAUUGUGUUUAACUUGAAAAGAAACUCGUCGAGUAACUUUCGUCAUGUCUUGUUUUCAGUGCCGACAAGAGUACAAGAUUCCGGCUCUUUACGUAAUUGAUUCGGUGAUAAGGCAAUCCAGACAUCAGGUAAUGGUUGGUCUUAAUAUACUGAUUGAAGAGAUCUUCGUCAUAAAAUCAAGCAAUGUUUGUGUAUGUGUAUAUUGUGAUAGAUAUUUACAGAAGGCUUGUGUUGUAGGUUUUAUAUUAUGCAAAUUAUUGUGCGAAUUUUAUCAUACUUCCUCCAGAUUUCAUUUGUUCAAGAGCAUAAUAUACUACUUCCCUUCCUCUUCCUGCCUAUCUUUGUCUUACUUCCUGUAAUAGUAAUAACAUCAAUGAGUUAAAAUUCUGCUCUGGCCAUGUGGUGAUUUUAUAAUAUGCAAGCUAAAACCAGCUGACUUUUUCUUUCUUCACCAAUGGUUAAUAAAAUUCUUCUGUAUUCAGAAGUGACCUUUCUGGAUACCGCUUAUAAAAAUAGACCCUCCCACUUGUAAGAGCAUUGCGGCUUUUACAAAUGCUAGAAGGCUGGGGGCAGAGGGAUGAUGACAAUAACAUUGUGUUACCUUUGGUAGGGUAGAUGUAUUUUUUAGAAUUACAGUAGUAUCCCAAUUUCUUGAAUCCUCACUUUUUUAAAGCAAAUUGUGUUAAGGUUGGAAGGGGUUCAUAUCCAGUACCAGUAAAAACUCUGUUAAGGUAUAUGGAUAUGAAACUAACCCCUUGUCUGUUGAUUUGUGUGACAUUAGCUUAACCUUCCCUACGAACUGCAAAAUGUAUUUUAAUUAUUUUGGUUAAUUUUGUUUCAGUUUGGGUCUGAGAAAGAUGUGUAUGGACCAAGAUUUGCAAAGAACCUCACUCUAACAUUUCAGCAUAUCUUUAAAUGUAGUCCAGAGGAACAGGUAUUUUUAAAAGAUUUUUAUGACUCUACAGUCUGUCUGCCUUGUAAAUAUGCUAAGUUAUUUUAGCUUGGUUCUAAUGGACCUUUCCCACAUUCUGUAGCUCCAGGAGAUAUCUAUACAUCACCCUCAGAAGAUAUUUUUCUUAGACUCCCCACCCUUCUGGAAAUUCCAAUUAAGCUUUAUACAUUUCUUUUAACUUUUUGGGCUUCGAGAUCCUCUCCUCACCCAGGAAUUUCCAAUCCCCUCUGUGGGGUUGUAUGGAGAUUUUCUGAAACUACAUAUUCCACACCAGUGGGCAGGGGCGUAGCAAGAAAAUUUUUUACCAAUGAGUGCAAAAAUGUCAUGGCUUUUGUGUGUGUCGAAAUUGUAAAAACUAGCCUGUACAUUUUGUUUUAAAGGAAUGAUUUCAUUGUGGAUCAAAAAUCCUCGUUUUGGCAAAACCAUUUGUGAGACCCUGUGUACAUGUCAAAAUAUAACAUGAUCUCGCAAUCGAUCAUUUUUAAAAAUCUCAGCCGGUGUGAGGUUGACUGGUUGGCUAUAAAACUGUUAAUUGCACAUACAAUUGGACAUCAUGAUAUUAAAUCUGAACUUAAAGCUACCCUUAAACCAGUCUUAAAAGCAGUGGUCUUGAAUACUUAAGCCUUUGGUAAGGGGACAGUAGUAACUGUGUUUUAUUAUUAUUAUGAUUAUUAUUAUUAUUAUUUAUUAUUAUUAUUAUUACAGGGAAAGGUGAUCAAGGUACUGAACUUAUGGCAGAAGAGUGGCAUUUAUUCUCCCGAAGUCAUUCAGCCUCUCCUGAAUUUGCCAUCAUCUUUGUCAGAAGGUAAGAAUGAUCUGAAAAAAUGACUUUAAAAAUGUGACUCUCCACUGAUAAAACUAAGCUUAUGAAGUUUUGCCAUAAGCAUGAAAUAAAUAAAUAAAUAAAUUACCGGCACACUGCUUGAAAUCAAUUUUUUUUGCUGUGAAUUAAAUAUUUUUACUCUGGUUUCACUCUACCUGUUAAAUAUCAUUUCACUCUUUUUAUGAAUUUGAUCAAUUUGAAAAACAAAAUUAAUAAGAGUGAAUACAUGUAUUUUCAUGGCAUGACAUUUAUGAUAAGAAGCUGUACUUUACAGUGGUGAAAUUUAUUAGGUGAUUCCCUUGGAGUUCCUCCUGCUGUUAUGGUUGUAGUGUUUUCUUUUGCCUGACGUUUGAAGGUUGUAUUUUGCACGGUUAUUUUCUCAAUUACAAUGUUUGUUUGUUGAGGCUGGGGAAUGUUUCCAUAUGUACAAGUGCUUGCUUAGGUUCUACAAUCACAGACAAAAGUAGUUGGGAAGGCUGUACAACUUAACAGUAGUCCAUUUUAAUCCUGAAAAAAGAGAGUUUUCUCUUUUGCUAAAUAUCCCCCGUCCCCCCUGUUCAAUGUUGGGAUAUACCAAAACAAUUAUGCACACAAACAUUAACGUUUUGAUCAACAUUGGGCCAGGGGCAGGGGGAGGAAGGAAAAGAAGAGGUAAAAAAGGCAACCUUCCCAACACUUUUGACGAUGAUUGUAGGAGAAUAGGAAAUCAACUUUAAACGCUUAUAAAACUUGUCGCAUUUAACAUCUGAUUGAGAUAUCUCGCCCUGGAACUGUGCUGAUAAUGCACUUUCCAAAGUAUAUAAAAAAUACAAUAAAGGUUAUAUUUCAGUAAAAUCAUAAAUAGGAGAAUUUUGCAUCUGACGUGCGUGACAUUUCACAGCGUGACCACAAAGUCCACAGGGUGAAAACGCUUUCUUUUAAGAACGUCAGAAGAAAACAUUUAAGGCCUUUAAUUUUUCUCAUAAACCAAGAGACGUUUUCUUCGCAUGGGCUACAUAGAAAGAAUGGCCACAGGUGGUCUGUUUCACUAGAUUUAACGAAAAGUCAUGAGGGUAUUUUUCAGCAAAAAAUGGUAUACAAUUGCUGUCGUUGUCAUGUAUACAUGUAUCUUUUUCAUCAGCGGCAUUAUUCCUGGUUAACUUUUGCCGUUUCCUAUCAGCGAAAUAUUUUGAAAGGUGUUACAAAUAGAAAUGCCAUGAAGGCUGCCACAAUAAAGUUUUUUUUGCAUUCUGGCGGUGUUAAAGUAUCGUAGAAAAACGUGAUGUUUGUAGUUGCGAGGACGGAGUGAGAUAAGUGCCGAAUUAAGACCUUCUAGACUGUAUUUUCGUAAGGCUUGAAAGUUAUAUGGAACCUCUAUAAAAGAGUUCAUUCAGCCAUGUUCAGUGUUCAUAUAAAAAUUGCUGUGCUAGCGUCGCCUGUCAAUCAUUCGGUUAAUUUGAGAACAGUAAACAACAUGGGUUUCCACAUUACUCCAUCACAUUACUCCACAAGACCAACUUUCAAACAAGAAAAGGGUAAAAACAUGUAAAUCAUGUAAGAAUAUGGACAGGUUUUGUUGCAUUUAUCUAUGGAGAUAAAUUUAACAACUGUUUCCCAACAUUUCUCCAUUUAAACAGUACCCCAUAAAGGUCAAUUAGCAAAGUUAGUUUAAUUUUAACGCUAUCCAUGGAGUACUGUUGUAUUUUACUUAGAAUUAAGCUAAAAUGUCUAUUAAAAAACGUUUGGUUACCGUAAGUCCUUACAAAGCCCCGAACAAGUCAAUUAGGCUACUUUGUCGUUAGCGCUACUAUAAAGGAAUUAUUUUCGACUACGAAAAUGGAGUAAUGUGGUGUGUGAUGACUUUGCAUGUGUUACCCUUUUUAAUUAGAUUAACGAAGACAAUAGACGCCUUAUUCUAAAACAACUGCGUACUUUGUUGUCGUUUUCUGAAACCAGUUUCGAAAAGCAGUGCCACAAGGGCUUAACUAGAGUUAUUCAGCCGGAGAAAGUAGCCUCUGGAAUUUGGCAAAUCUCCACUCAGCCUCAUAGUUUGCUCGCCUGGCAAACUGGCAUGUGCUGAAUGUUGUAAAGAAUGGGGGAACUGCUAAGGAAGAUGUCAGCUACACUGUCGCAAUCCGAAUGAUUUUUGCGGCAAAUUGGUGAACGCACUAUAUCUUGCUUUAAGAUUUGGAGCAUAUCAGCCUAUGCUACAGUCAAUAGUUUUCACCGAAAAUAGUCUUUCAUUUGUAUUUUGGCCCUCUUCCUUUGCUCCGGAAAGAGCAAUAGUUGUACUUACCGGGUUGCAAAACAUGCCGAAUAUAAACAGGCGUGUGCACCAAAAACUGUCUUAGCAAGGUACGGCAAAUAUUUUUCUUCAACAGAGUACUGUUUACGAGUGUUUUUUUGAAGAUGUUUCUACUGACAAAAAGUUGUCGAGUUUUGACCUUUCACGGCCUCACCCAGAAUUUUCAGACAAUCACAGACAAAAGUAGUUGGGAAGGCUGUACAACUUAACAGUAGUCCAUUUUAAUCCUGAAAAAAGAGAGUUUUCUCUUUAGCUAAAUAUCCCCUGUCCCCCCUGUUCAAUGUUGGGAUAUAACAGAACAAUUACGCACACAAACAUUAACGUUUUGAUCAACAUUGGGCCAGGGGCGGGGGGAGGAAGGAAAAGAAGAGGUAAAAAAGGCAACCUUCCCAACACUUUUGGCGAUGAUUGUAGAACCUGUUGGUUUUCUUGUAGCACUACAACAAAAUAAUUUUAUCCUGCUUAUCAGUUUAAAUACGUGUAAUCUCAUGACAAACUACCAGUGUUAAAUUUGCAAACGUUUUUGGUUUGCUGUCAUCUAGCAGAGUCCCUACAAAUCAAAAAAACCUCCCUAAGAUCAAAGAGCCUUUGCUUGCAGGUUAUAUUUAGGCACAUUACAAAUAACUUUUUGUUUUGUUCAGAAAUGCUGCAUCCGUUAAGCAUUUUAAGUGAAAUAUCAAGAAGGUAGCUGAUGUAUUGGAUUCCCGCAUGACAAUCAUGUAAAGCAGUUGUAAUUAGUUUUAUUUUUAAACUUAAGCUUAACUGAUGAUUUCCCAUGUUUAAAUAAAGAUUUACAUACAUACAUACGUCAAACAACAUAAUUAGAAUCAAAUAGUGUACUAAGACUAAAGUCAAAAUGUAUUAAAAACUUAUAGAGGUAGUGUAUUUUUUAUAAAUAGUUCUUGAAAAUACAGUAGUUUAUUCUUCUGAACACCGUACAUCCAGAAAAAGCUUGACAUUCGCACCUAAAGAGCUUUAAGUUUCAAAUAUUGCUUGGUUUGGACAGGGUCAGCCUUCCGCCAGAGUUUCUUAAGUUGUAAACAGAGUGAUGCUGAGAGAAAAGACUUUGUAGAUAUUCCUGAGCAAGGUCAUUCAUGGUUUUGUACAUCAUUAAGGCUUUUUGUUUCUUUCGUCAGAGAGAUAGCCUCUCCCAGUCGAGGGUUGAGAGAAGGUGGUUUGAGCUCGUAUCAAAGGGUGAUUUAGUAAUAACUCUGGCUGCACGAUUCUUUAAUUUUUGGAGCUUAUCACUCAAGUAACCACUCAAACAGUCUCAGACAGGGCUGCAGUAAUCAAAAUGAGGCAUAAUUAAAGCAUUAUAAAUUUGAAUUGCAGUUUCCUUGGAUAUAUAAAAGGGCCGCACACUUUUUAGGGCACCUAUAACUCAAGAGACUUUCUUGCAAAUCUCUUCAAUGUGUUUACCUCAAGAGAGUUGAGCAUCUAUGGUAAGACCCAAGGAUUUGGUAUGAUCGACUCUCCUGAUAAUUUGGUCAUCAAUUCUGAUUUCUACAUCGUCACAUUGGGCAGAUAGUCUUUGUCUUGAUCCAAUAAUCAGUAGCUCUGUUUUAGCAACAUUUAGACUGAGCUUGUUAGCUUUCAGCCAACAGCUAAGGUUAUUUAAUUCAGGGGUUAGAGCUAGCUUAAGCUCUUUUAACUUCUUAGCAGAUAACGUAAGAUUGGUGUCAUCAGCAAACAUUCUUGGUACGGUGCCCCGCAGGGAGUUGGGAAGAUCAUUAAUGUAAAUUAAAAAUAGCAAAGGACCGAGUAUGUGGUACAUGCAAGUUUGUCUGUGCACGAUAAGAAUUUAACUUGAAAAGUAAUGGUGUGAUUUAUUAAGACUGCUUUUUUGGUGUAAUGUCACAAAUGUGUAUGUUUUUAUAGACUAUUUUGAACAUUCCCUUGCGAGCUACAAGGGGUUUUUCUGACAGGGAUUUAAUCGUGUUUUUGUACGUGCUCAUUUCUAACAGCUCAAUUUGUGAUUGUCUAUCCAGGUGAAAUGCCAUCCACUAUGGAUGCUGUUGAGGAACCUACUGAAGUAUUGCCUCAGAGUGUAGAUACAUCAAAUGUGAAUAAUCCCCUAACCUCAGCUCUUGAAGCACAGCGACAGGAACACUUACAACAGAUCCAGCUACUUGAGCAGAAAUUACAAGAGCAACAACGAAUAAAUGAACAGCAGCAGCAGCAGUUACUACAGCAACAGCAAUUUCCAACAAUCCCAGGUAUGCCUGUGGUGUCUGGUAUGCAGUUAGCGCCACAGGCUCACCAGCCUGGUUAUGAAGCCCCACAACAGUCUCAGGCCAAUACUGAAAGUGCUGUUAUGGAUGCUACAGAAACUCAAGGGAGCAGGGUUCUUCCAUCAGCAGUAGGGCUACAGCAACAGCAACCCAAGUUUCAACUGCAGCCCGAGGUGUUUGCCCAGAUUCAAGCUCUAACAGGUUGGAAUUUUGGCAGCUAUUUCUCAUGUUUUUGCAUUGUUACUGAAUGUUGCAUCAAGGCUUUGGUCUAAUAAGCCUUCAUAAGGAAUAAUAAGCUUUCCUAGUCUCUCAAAAGCAAAAGUAAGGCUCUGCAUCCUAAAAGAUUAAGAUUGAGGUCAUGUUCUUAAAAUUCUUUUUCUUUUAAUUUUUUGGUUGACCGUAAUUGAUGAUGAUCUUUAUUAUUUUACAGUCAAGCCAGGUGUGAUUAUUGUUGGCAUGAACUUCUUUGCCAACAAUGUAUUUUUUUGGGGGGGAGGGAGGGCUCACUGGUAUAUCUAUAUGGGAAGAAUAUUUUGUUGAAGGGUGGCUCAUAUUUUUAGUUCUUAAAGAGGCAUUUCAGGAAAAUUUUAGUGCUACUUGGAAACCCAACAUAGAUGUUUGUAUCUGUAACAGGAAAUCUAAACUUGUCGCCUAGAACAGGGCUGACAUCAGUUACGUUAAACAUGAAGUUUAAAAUGAUAAACACCAUUGUGAUCAAGUUGCAUUUAAUUGCAUUUUCUGCUUGAAGGAAUUGUGUUUAUUUGUUUUGAACUGUAGUCUCCUGUUUGUAAAAUUUUCCAGGUAUGAAUAUACGCAUGCCUAAUCAGGCCAGUGCACCAGACUCUGUGCCAGGACCUCAACCAUCAAAUAGUGUCCAAGGCGCUAAUGUUGAAGCAGGUCCACCCUCUGCCAACCAAGGCACAGCAUUUCAUGAUAGUACAAACUAUGGGGCUCCACCUGGUAUGCCUGUGUGGGCUCCUCAUGGGAUAGGACCUACUGGCAUUGCUCCAACACAGCAAGGUUUCCCACAAGAGGAGGAAAGAAGAGCAGUAAGUAGUUGGGAAACUGCCUACAUACCCCCCCCCCCCCCCCCUCAACUCAAUAUUAACACUUCUCACUUAGGACAAAAUGUUGGCAUAGGGGAGGGGUAGCUGGGUAGUUUCCCAGAAACCUAAAUUGAUUGGCAUCUUAGUUAUUCUGUGCGUGAAAUGUCUCAAGUAACUUGAGCAGGAUGCACAGUAGCCGCUUGUGUUGUCGUAAUAAUAAUUAUUAUUUCUCCAUUUCUGAUUGGUUUGAAUUCUCUGGCCAGAUUUUCAUAACCAACUACACUGACCAAAUUUAGAAGGCUUUUUCUUUUUUGUGGUGAUGGAUAUCAGUUGUCAAAUAAUAGCCAGUCAAAUGAAGGAAUGACAUUUCAGAGAACUUAGCUCCUAAAUUUCUCAGCGAGGGCUGCGUCAUGUCCCUCGCUUCACUACCCACCCCCCACCCUCCCAUUUCCCCUAAGAAAGUGCGCCUCUGGGGCAUUUUUUGCCUUACCGGCCAUGAAUGGUCCCUUACCUGCUGAGCUAAAAUUUAAGGAGAAUUCUGAUAUGUCAUGCCUAGACAGCAGCGAUGCAGUCCAGCUGUUUUGACGGUACAGCAUGCAAGUACAAAAUAGCUGAUCUACUGACUUAGGGUAAUCAGUAUAACAACCCCUUUCGCUCAUCAGAAAAAAUAUCAAAUACAAGGUGCAGAGUCAAGGCACUAAGGUUUGGAAUGAAAAUGCAGGGCAAGGCAUGUGCAGGAAAAUUCCUAGGAGGUGCUACCCUAACAUGUGAUUGUUUUUGUUUAGUCUGUCAUAGAUGAUUUUGAUUACGGAGAUGAUGAUGAUGAUGCAUCAAGAAUAGCAGAGCAAAGGCGGCAUUUGAUGGAAGAGGAAAGAAGAUUAAGUCAAGAGUCAGUAAAUUAAAUUUAGAUUUAAUAGACUUCGAAGGAACUUAUGUAUACUUCCUUAUUCUGAAACAAGCUAUAAAUAAAAAUAUAUAUAUAUAUAUAUCACGUCAGGCUGGAGGAUAUGUGGAUAUGUGGUUUGAGUUUGUUGUUGGUUCUCUCCCUUGCACUGAGAUGUUAUUUGCUGGGUACUCUGGUUUUCCCUCUUCUAAAAAACCCUCAUUUCCAAAUUCUAAUUAGCUCCAGGACAUGUAGUAGACAAAGAGCCUCUUUGUGGCUGUGCUACUGUAAGAAACAUUUAUUAAUUCUAUCCAUAAAGUUUGUUGUUUCCUGAGCCUGCUACUGUUGGUGGCGUUAUUUUGAACUCAUGGCUAUGGCGGCUCAAGUUCCUUGAUUGAUCAGGCUAGUUUUAUUUUCCCAUUUUUAAAAUUUUCCAGCAAUUUUGCAGUAAAGCCUCAAACUCUCUUUAAAAAAUGUUUGUUGUAAGGCAUUAAAAUAAAACUAAGCAAUGUGCCCUAAAUCAAACUGUAAUUUAUUGUUUCUUAUGUCUACAACACCAGUGUACUGGUAAAAAUCAUACAUGAAAUUUAUACAACACUGGUUAUUAAUAUUGCAGAUCCAAUCCUCGUAUGGUUGAGAUGCAAGGUGAAUUCCAGAACACUUUCAGACCAGUUGGUGAACUGCCUCAAAGACACCCUGACCCUGCUGGUAUGAUUACAGCAAAUUCCAAAACUCAAAGCAAAAAAACUUCAAAGCAGUUUGAAUGUUUUCUUUGAAUAGCUCAAACUUUGUCAGUGAUGUAAUAUGAAUGAGAUUUGGUUGAAUGGCCAGGAGGUACAUUCCCUCAUCCCUACUGCAAACGUUUUUUGCCUUGAUUUUUGGAAUAGACAUGUUUGGCUCGUAUACUUUGUUUGGCCAUUGCAGACCGAGUGAUGUUACCCCUGGUAACUGUUUCUUCCAAAAGUUUUGCUAUCAGCAUGCAUAAUGUGUGCAUAACUAAUGAAAAGACGAAAGCUCAUUCCCCUGCGAAUAUCAUGUGGUCUGAAUUGGGAAAAAAAACUGUUGUUCGUGGUAUGUCUUCACUAUAGCAGAAGGACAACCUUUUGGUUCACAUUUCGUUAAUAGUUUAAUUUCCUGCUUCCAGAGAAUGCACUAAAAGUACAAGUACCACUGCGUAGUACUACUUAGAGACUGUGUGUGAAAUUUCAUCACUACAGAGUAUCAGAGUCACGAUUUAUUUGUAAUCAUUUUUAGGUCCUUUUGGCAGACGAUCCCCAGAUCAACACCAGAGGGAAAGAUCCCCUGGUGACCGUUACCAUAAAUCCAGGUCCCCAAGAAGGAGAAGCAGAAGUCCAAGGUGGAGAGAUCGCUCACCUCGACGUCGAUCACGCUCACCCUAUGGAAGAGACCGAGACAGAGAUAGAGAUAGAGACAGGGACAGGGGGCGGAAUCGUGAUCGAGAUAGGGACUGGCACAAGGAUCGAGAUUCUGAUCGAGAUAGAGAUAAGGACAGAGGGAGAGGCAGUGAUAGAGAGACUGAGAAAAGACAUGAUUGGAUUCCGGUACCAAAGAAGGAGACUUUGAGUGGUAGGUGUUCUUAAUGUGUAUUUUUACCUGUCAACAUAUAUAAUCUUGCCUGUGACAAGUUCCAAAAUUUUCUCCUACUCCCACAGCCGGCCUGUAGGCUGGAGUGGGUCGAUGGGUUUGUAUGAUCCCCCUACUGCCAGAAGAAGUCUGCUGACAGGUUUUUAAGUUUACUUAUCUCAUUUCUAUUAAUUUGUAUUCAACUCAAACUGCAUAUGAUUUCCAAUACUUUCCAGUCCUCUGCUUUUGAUGAAACCUAUUUUUAUAGCAUGGCCUUACAUACAUUACAUGUAUUUGUUAUUUAACAAAAAAAUCAACAAGGAAAUGCCUUAAUAAUUGUGCUUUCAAACACAAACGACAAGAGAGUUUGGGAAUAACAAAUGGGGGCUUUAUUGGGAGUUGUAAACUGGUGGGAACCGAGUUGAAUUAAGAUAAAACUCCUGUGCCUAACUAGACGAAGGGAGAUUGGGAAAAGUUUCUAGUUGACUUGAGAUUACUUAGGUGAUGAUUAUUAACACAACAAGAGCUGUUUGGUCUGUUAAAAGAGAAAAAGAACCUAGCCAAACCAAAACCAGGCUGCAGGCCUGCACAACAACAUGUUCAAGAUAAAGUUCUCCUAGCUUUUGAAACUGUAGAUGUGGUCGAAGGGUGUAACCAUUCAAAUUAAGUCGAGAUUCUCUAUGAAUUUUGAUGUAGGGGACAAUCUGGGGUGAGUUGAUGGAUGUAUCAUCAAUCAUUCAUUUUUUUUAUUGUUGUGCUUAAGUUUGCAGUACCACAAUCUGGGUUGGACAUUUGGGAAAAUCAGUCACAAAGGAAAAUCUACUUGAAGUGUUUGAGGAUCAUAAGCUGCCAGUUUCAUCUAUUGAUGUAUGUAUUUAGGGGUUUCAAUUCUCUAAAGGCCCACAUUUGCCUAGUUGUUAACUUGUAUGCAGACAUUGUUUUCUGUUUCUUUUUGAAAAUCGACAAGCAGGCGAACAAAGUGAGGAUGGAGCAUAAGAAAAAUAAAAAGAAUGAUUCCCUUUACUAGUAGUCAUUUAAUUCCCUGCAGUUUUUAUUCUCAUAUGUGUGCUCAACAAUCUCUAAAGAGGAAACAGAGUCUGUCAACAGAUUAUGUAGAUGUACCCUUUCAUAAGAAAAUCCUACAUUUACCAAAGAGUUAGAGAGAACAGUGAAACAUCUAAAAGUUUUAAAACAAAUGGUCAUAAAGCAUAUCAGAAUGAUGAAUGUACAGUGUAGGCCCCCCAACUGUGGCACAAAAGAAAGAUUUUUAAAACAGUAAUCAGUCCACUGUUUUGUUGGCUUGGAAUGUGAUGAUAACGAAGAGACGGGCGGUCAGAAAGAAGUUUGCAGUUUUGUGGACUUGAUGUUGAUUGUCUCUUAGUUUCUGAUUCCAGCAUCUUGCUUGUUAAACCUUUUGUUUACCUUUUUGUCAAGGAUAGAACUGAUAGACUGUUCACCGUCCCCUAUUUUUUGGUGAGAUUGUCGAGAUCGAGCACUUUGCAUAGCAGGCACUUAUCUUGGUCUCAAGUGUUUUGAGUCUAGCCUGGAGAUGAAUGUCCAGUCCACUUAGGGGUCAGGGGAUGGUUUGGGGGGAGGUGCCACCUCCCCGACUUCUAUAAACUGCAACACCUAUCCCCUCAGUACUUAUUGAAUCAAUAUGGUUGCUCAUACUGGUAAGCCUGCAAUCCUGAUGAUCUUACAAAAACAUACUGUAGGGGACUGUGAACAGUGUCCAUCAACGACAGCUGUUGUUGCUUGAAUGUGACAAGAAGACAUCAAAAUGUCAGAACACUUCUGAAGUAUUGCCAGUAAACAACUUGUAGCAUGCAUAAUACUCUCUUGAUGUUGCAUGACAGAAAAGUAUGGAACUUGCUACAAAAUAGUUUUUCAUCAGUUACUAGCUAUAGCUCUUCAAAACUAAUGUUAUACACAUUUAUGUUUAAAACUUGUCCUUGUCCUUGCUGAGCUCUCAUAUCAGCCAUUCUUGUGUAUAGUUCAGUUUUAAUACCUUUAAAGAUAAUUUUAGACUAUUAGGUAUUCGUUAUGAUUUUCAGAACAUAUAUUUUCAUCUCUUCAUUAUAUUAAUAUAGUAUUUUAUUUGUAUGUGAGCUUACCUGCAAAAUAGCUGUUAAGUUACAUGUGAACUCUUAUGAAAAAGAUUGCCAUGUCUGUAUCAAGUAAUGAUAGCUGGUGAAUGUUAUGUUAUGUUGGGUGCUUACAGAGAGAAAAAAUAUAGUGAAACCUGGAUAUGACAAAGUGCCAAGGGAUUGUGAAAAUUUGUUCGCUUUAACGAGGUGUCGUUAUAUCAUGGUUCUUUUUCUUAUAUUUUACUAUUAGUGGGGCAAAGACAAUUGUUUGUUAUAGUGAGGCGUUUGUUAUGUAGAGGUUUGUUAUAUCGAGGUUCCACUUUAAUUACAUAUACUGACACUGUUUUUGUCUUAUAACAGAUGGUUCCCCCUAGAGGAUGUGCAUAUGUUGUCAUGGAACACAGAAAGGAAGCUUCAAGGGGGCUAGUUGUUCUAAAAAAUACAAGGAUGUAUAAUAAUACUCUCAAGGUUUGUAGUAAUUUCUGUUGUUAUAUCUUUUAAAGCAGCUUAAGCCUUAGAAUGUGUGCUGUUUCUCACUGAUCGAUUUUUUCAAUGCACGUAUCGGAUCAGUACUUGAAUAAUUAUGCCUGUCACUUGUUUCACACUAGUCUGCCCUGCCCACCUAUCUGUCCAAAUUGAAGGGGGUCAAGAGCAAAGAGGAUUACGUAUGUGAUAUGUUUACGCCAUUAAAGGGGCCGUGUUACGGCAGUCCAGUUCAUUUUGUUUAAUUUGGCCAAUUACUUGCCCUCAAUUGCUAUGGAACUUAAAGUAAGCAAAGAAAUAACAUGUAAAUGACAAAAUCAGAGAUCCGAGACAAACAAAUAUGUGUCCUGAGCAUAAUUUUUGAAGUUGCAAGCAGCAGGGAUCAACUUUGAAAAACUGUUAGGCUGAACAGUUUUCAAAAAAACCAUAAUUUCAAUCCGUUUCAGUCUUCUUCAGUUUUUCCCAUCCGUGGCAUCUGUUGUUUUUGUUGUGUUAUUUUAACCUUUCUUUGAUGUUUUAAGUGGUUAUUUUCAUGUUUCUCUUAAUUUAAUGGGCAUUUUGUAAUUACCUAAUUGGGCUGAAUUUCGUGACACAGCUCCUUUAAUUUUCUCCUAACGUUUUCAAUACACAAUCAAGAGAAAAGGUUAUAAGAAAAAAUAAAAUGAUCACCAAAGAGUAAGUGCUUUGAUCUUUUAGCAAAUUCUCUUGACUCAGGGGCCAUGAGGGUGAGAGGAAUAAUUGUUUAAGUAAAAUCCAACAAGUUGGUAAAAAAUAUCUAGACAAAACAAUUUUAGCUGGCAAAACGCGAUUCGUCUGCCGUUGUUUUGGUUUUCAAAGCCUGCGUUUUUCGCUACUAGUGGGCUAUAACAUAUAGCCUAGUAGCAGCUCAACUAAUCAGAACGCAGCAUUGAUAAUAGACCACUAGUUGGAUUUUACUAAAGCAGUAAUAGCUGUACUCUCAGGGUCAAUUAUGCGUAGCACAAUACCCAUAUUGCGCCUAUUCCUUUUUUUCGAAUUGCCUACAAUACCCGUUGUUUACCCUCCAAAUUUUUGUGCAUUUUGAGACGAUUGUAAAUGCCAGGACGAAUUGAAAGCAGUGGUUAUGCAAAAUUUGGGGAUACAAACAAAGUCGGAAUUCUAAAAUAUUAAAUAAUGUUAUUUUAUUGGUUGAGCACCAAAAGUGAACAGUUGAUGUGUUUUUUACAGUUGGCUUGGGCACCAGGAAAGGGAGUGAAAGGAAAGGAAUACAAGGAAUAUUUUGACACCGAACAAGGCGUGGCUUACAUUCCAUGGAAAAAGCUUGGAAAUGGUGUGGACUUUCAGGCACUCAGUGAUGGAGGCUGGAUUGAUCCAGAAACUCUUCCGCCUGGUACACAGAACACAUCUAAAGAGGGUCAGUUUUAUUUUGCUACUUUCCUCGGUCAGUUACUGCAUCAUUUAAGUUUUAACGUAUCUUUGAAGAACUUUCACCUUAAGUUUCUAAUUUUCAAUUUAAGAUGGCUAUACUGCUAAAACCUUUCAUUCAGAGCCGUAGAGAAUUAAAAUUGUCUCGCAAAUCAUGUUUGAGUGGUAAAGUUUUCGUCUUGCGAUCAUGUCUAUGCGUUUCGUCUGGCUUGAGUGUUGACUUAAUGUAGACUCAAAAUUGUGGGGAAGUUCAAAGAAAAGUGUGCAACAUGUGGUAUUAGUCAGUUACUCAAACCUGUUAUGCACUCUUCUUAGUUCUUGAAAAGUGAUAAUUGAAUUGAAAAAUACAAACAUCAUGUGUGGUUGUCUCGUUCUGGUUUAUCAUUACAGUAAUAUCUGGACUUUUGAUAUUUCACUUUCAGGUUCAGAGGCUGGCAGUACAGACACAAGUAAUACUAAGGAUGAAAAGGAUCUUGGAACCAUGAGCCAGGAAGAGCUUAUGAAGCUUGCAGCUGCACAAGCAAGCACUGAAGGAAAGGCCUCGGAGCAAGGCCCACCUGUAAACCCGUUAAGCCAGCCCCCUCCUCUUGCACCUCCUCCUGGGCCCCACAUGUUUCCAGGGCCCCAUCCAAUGGUACCUCCUCCAAUGAUGAUUCAGCCUCCAUUCCCAGGAGCCCCAGUGCCGCCCAAUAUGGUGCCUCCGCCGAAUAUGGCGGGAGUUCCGCCUCCAAAUAUGGCAGGGCCUCCCCUCCAUCAGUUCAAUCCACCUGGAGCCCCUCCUGGUAGUGUCCCCAAUGGACCACAUGGGCCGCCACCGCCAAAUCUUGCCAGACCUCCUGAAGGGGGACAGUUUCCACCAGAUAACAGCCAGUUUCCUCCUUCCAGCUUGCCUCAGGAGGGAGGGCAGUUUCCACCGCGGUUUCCAAACCGACCACAGGACGGUGUUCAGUUUCCUCCUCACGACAGCAAGUUUCCACCUGUUAAACCGGAAGAAGGAGGGCAGUUCCCUCCACAUCACCCAAUUGAUGAAGCUCACCUGCCAACUCAUCAACCAGUUGACCAGUUCCCUCCACACCAUCCCAGUAGAGAGGGACCGUUCCCUCCACACCACCCUACUAGACAUCACGAAGGAGGACAAUUUCCUCCUCCUCCUCCUGGUAGAUUUCAAGGAGGACACUUCCCACCAAUGCAUCAUGGACCUCCCCCGUUUCACCAGAGACCGCCCCACCAUAUGAGAAUGCCACCCUUCCAUCCGGGAGGACCAAGGUUCCCUCAUGACAUACCGCCUCUUAUGCCCGGUGGAGGGCCACCGCGUGGACCCGACUUUGGACCUCCUCCGUGGGGUCCAGGACCUGGUCCUAUGAGGGGCCCACCUCCUCACAGCAUCCCCCCAUCUGGCUGGCCAGACAAUCGACCACCUGAAGACGUGCGCAGUCUUGAGGAACGGGAUAAUCAGGGUCAGGAAGAAAGACCCGGAGAAAGACCUGGAGACAAGAGCAUAAUUGACAAAGGAAACCCUGUGGAGCAGGCGGAAGCCGAAAGAGACUUUCCUGGAAGACAGAGAAGGGAACAAGACGAUGGAGAACGCGAUCGUGUUCGUGAUCAAAUCUGGGAGCGUGUACGUGACCGGGAUGAUCGUGGCCGAGAACGCGACGAUCGCGCUCGAAAUCGAGAUCGCGAUGAUCGUUUCCGAAAUCGCGAUCGUGGUCGAGAUCGUGAACGAGACCGUGAUCGUGGUCGAGAUCGGGAUAGGGAUUGGGAAUGGGAUCGGGAUCGAGGUGAUAGACGUCGUGAACGUGAGAACUACCGGCCACGAGAGUUCAAUGGUGAAAGAGAUGGUCCAAGAGAUGCUUCUCGGGAUGGCCCGAGAAGGAGGAGCAGGUUUGAACCACUGGAGGAAAAACCUGUACCCAACCCGUCAGAGCCAAUAUUAAACAUUGUUAAUGUAAGAAAAGAAGAACGAUCCAGCGAGAUUACAACUUCUAUUGCUACUCAAAACUCUCAAAGUGAACUUGCACCAAGAGAGGAGGGCGAAAUUGUUGAAGGAAAUGAAAGUGAAUCUAUGAACGUUGCUGUUGAAAAUGAAACUGCUCACAAUCCCAAGGAUAAUGGAGUUACAAACAUUACUAUUGCCACUGAUACUCCUAACAGUUCUGUCGGCAGCGAAGCUGCAAAUGUUAUCCAUCAUAAUAAAGUCAUGGCCAUACCAAUGGAUAAUGAGGCUGUGAAUGUUCCGGGUGAUAAUUUUAACUUUUCCAAGGACAGUGACGCAGAAAACGUUUCUCUUAAAGAAAACAAUUUGUCUUCAGUGCAGAGUGAUGAUGCGUCUUUAAAGUUGUCGAACCAAGGGAUAAAAGUCGAUGGCGAAACUGAGCAAGCUUCUAGCUGACUUGGCGUUAAUAAAAUUGUACAAACUGAACAUUGGGUGGCAAAAUACCGUGGAAUUCACAUCCCUGAUUUUGUUCUUAGAUCAUUCGCAUGGCAACUUUCACUUGUUAGUUAUACUGGUUUGGAUGCCGCCUUUUAUGACCUACCUCCCUGCCUGUCUUAAGGCAGACCGUUUAUAAACAUUCCUUUUUUAUGUCAUUUGCGAGUAAGACGUGACUUUGAGUGGGAAAAGUGUCUUUAGCCUAGCGAACAUGUCUUAAAUCUUAAAUGUCUCCUUCGCAGUUUCAACUGUGCGGCAAUCACAGAAUUUCAUCAGAUUAUAUUUAUUUAAUUUUACAGCAUAAGAUGGGUGGCUGAUAAAAUCAUUCGUCUGACAUAGUUCCUUCAAAAGGCGGAUAGCACCGUGAGGUAAUGAUUUAUCCUCACAGCGUUCUCUGCCUUUGGAAAAACCAGGGCUUACUGGGAAGCUAAUGAGGUCUGAACGAGAUAAAGUAGUUUUCGACCUUCUACACCUGUCUUGCCCUAGUUUAUGCGUAAAUACGGUCCUUUCCUCAGUUUUUCCUUCCUUGAUGAAUAUUUUUCCGCGCAUUAGGCGCCGACGCUUCCGAGAGUCUGGUUGCACGGGACGAAAACUGCUGUAUGUGUCGCUCAGAAUCCCAAAGCCAGAACUUGCGAUCCCAUAAGUCCUGUCGGUCUCUGACCCAAGCAAACACAUUUGCUGGCGGCCUUACUGGUUUUUAUGCAUCGAAGGAAGUAGAAAUUUGUUAUCGUUGCGGCUGCUGUUACGGACUCGGGAGGAUUUUAGAAGGUGUGUAUGGUAUUUUAGUUUUUAUUGGACUGUUAGUUAUUUUGUUUUAAAGGCAUUUUAGAGCAAGUAGGCUAUAUAAAGAGUAGAUCGAAGCCAUUCACAGGAAGCGCGCGGUUCCAAGGAAUUCUUCUCACAGUAAGCUUUAAUGCUAAUAGCUGUUUGUGAGCUUUCUCGUCAGCUUAGUAACUUUUUUUAUUAAGAAUACUCUCGUUCGUUUUUAAUACCUACUUACCACUUUUCUGGCUUCGUAUAAGCGUACUUGUAAACCCUUGCACGGCUAGGCUUAGUAUGUCUAGUUUAUAAUUUUCGUUUUCUUAACGUAUAGCCCAUGACGGAGUUGUAUACUGUUGAAAAGAAAAAUGUAUGCAUACUAGAAAGACGUGUUUCGCAGAACCUUGCAAAGCUCAGAGAAAGGGGCAAUAGUUGGAAAUUGCUAAUGAGUGAAAAAGGCAAAAGCCAAAAGGAAAUGAAAGCGGAAAGACAAAGUUUAAAAUUUUCUUGAGCACAAUUCUUAUGAGCUUUAAUCCCUGCGAAAACAAAAAGGUAGAAGUCUAUUCAUAUUGUAGGUUUCGAGUGUUAGCUGCGUAUUUUCCUGAAGUUAUCCACUAUCACACCCGUUUCCUUUUGACGUGUAGGAGGGUCAAAUAGGAUGAACAUGGGACCUAUGAAACACUGGCUACCCUUCCUUAACAACACCAACCCCAUUUAAAUCCCAGAAAAUCCUUUUUAACGACAGAGCACUGUGUUCAAAUUUACUCCAACCAAAAGGAUGACUCCAAUAUUAGAGCCAGUGUUAACCCCCCCUCACCAGCUGUACAAUUUUUUCCAAUUCUAUCCCCCCACCCCUGAGGUUCACAAGGUUCUGUGAUACACGUAUUUCUGAAAGGUUUUGAGUUUUAUUGGGUGGGAAGACAAGUAGAAAAUUAUUAGUUAUUUUAAUGUGGCUUCUGUUCAUGCUUAAGGCUGGUUACGCAGUAGAAGACAUACUGGAAGUGAUCUAAAAGACGCCCAGGUCAUUUAUUGUAAUUUAGGGGCCCUAGGUGGAGGAUUAGGAGGGGUUUAAAUUAAUAACUGUGACAAGCUUCACAAAACUUGUAUGCUUUUAGCGAAAAUACCAGAAGGAAGUUUGAGGGAGAAUAACCAGUCCACCAUAUGCCUAGUCCCUCUAAGAGAUCUUCAUUGCUCUCGGUCUUUUCUGCUGUCAGAAUUGUUGUUCACCCAUCCUUACUUUAAACUUGACAUUAAACAAGAUCCAGUGUUUAAGCCCUUGUUAAUUAAGCAAGAAACUAAAUUUUGCACCUUUUAGCUAUUUAACUAUACAGUGGAUGCUCUCCUAACGGGCGCUCUCGUAAGCGGAAAGCUCUACUUAUGGCCACCUUCACAAAAUGGGUUUUUCUCAAUUCCCAUACAAACUCUGUAUUUUUAAAUUCCCUUAAGUGGCCAGCCCCAGUUACAAACACCUUUUUUGCGUCCCGAGGGUGUUCGCUUACAAGAGCUUCCACUGUAUGUUUAUAGCAUUUUUGAGAAAUUGUCAGGGGAGCAUCUAUUAGAAGAGAAUGUAAUGAUAACUUAACAUUGUAAAGGGGUGUGUUUAUUUGGGAAUGUUGGAUGGCUAGCUUUAGGAUGAAGGAUUGUAAGCUUGAGAUUGAUUGCCACAGAAACAACUGUCCUCAAUGUCAUGACGUACAUUUAAGAUUCCCUGCCAGAGUUAAUUCCAAUAAGCAAUGUAGCUGGAAAAGUAGUCACAGCUCAGAAAAUGAAAUUGCAACAAAAAGCAUCCUUUCUGAUAAAACAUUUCUGACAGCAGUGUGAAUUAUUGAGAAAAAGAGAAAAUUGACGCAAGCACGCCCUACCUGGCAGGCCCUCAAUAUUAGCUCUUGAGUCUCCCCUUCCCCUGGCACUGCCUAUUUUCACCUUUGGUGUCCCCUAAGAUCAACUACACAGUACCCUGAUUAUUUGUUCAUAAAUAAGUCACUACCAAACAAGUUAUUACUUGCAUAAGCAGAUGAGGUAAGGCAUGGGCUGGUAAGAUGCCAAACAUUUCACUACAGUAUUUACUCAAAUAAGCACUGGAUACUUAUUGAUUUUUCAAUGUGGGCUUAUUUGAGCAUGUUGAGGGCAGCACUUACAUAAUUUUUUUCAUACUACAUAAUUUUUCUUUCUUUUUCAUGGUGGGCGCAUUUACCUUUACUUUUAUGAGCAGUGAAAGUCGAAGGUGCAUAAAUAGUUUCCAACCCUUUGAAUGCCAACCCAGCGGCCGGUGGCCAUAUUGGACUUUUUCACAAGAAUGUAUUUUUCACAAGUUAAGAACUUUAAUGCUUUAUAACUUCUCUUUACAGUAAAAAUGUAAUUGAUAUGCCAUUAACUUGUGGAUGUAACUUCUUUACAAAUUUUGUGGCCAGCAGUUAACAUUAUUCCUUCUUACACCCUUUCAAACAGUAACGGACAAAAUUGCUGUGCCAGUGGAAAAAUAAAAGCAUACUAAGUCGAGGAUGUAUAUAUAUGCCCUCGGUAGUAGGGACUUUUCUUUUAGGACUUACAUGUAUAUAUACAUCCUUGGCAUUCAAAGAGUUAAGGUCCAUUUAGUGAUAUCAACAUUAACAAACAAAAAAUUUUUGAAAAUUAACAAGUGUUGGGAGGGUGCUGCACUUUUAAGGAGGUGGUACUUAUUUAUAUUUAUGCUUUGUAGAUGCAUCAUUGCUUAAUAUUUACAAUAUUUUAAAAUUUACGUUUGGUGCUUAUUUGAUUAAGUACCGUAGUGUUGCACAGGGGUUUCAAUAGUAGCUGGGUAGCGGGUAGAUCUACCCACUUGCAACGGGCCGAUUACCCGCUUGGAGCCUUCACAUGAACGUCAACUAAGACCAGAUAAUUUCACCUCAGCUUCGAAUUCUUGCCAAAAAAUUUGGCAAAAUAGGUUUUGACUGUGACUACUUCAUUGUAACAUAAUUCUCUUCAAAUUUGUUAAAAUUAGUUGACUUAGGAGCAAAAAAAUGAAACAACAAAGCAACAAAAAGAGACCUGAAAAUGCAUCUGCGAGAGUCUAGAACUUCAAAAUUUUCGGGCCUUCGGCAAAUAUACCUGCCUGUUACUCUUAAGUACCCACUUGUGCAAAAACUUAUUGAAACCCCUGGGUGCAUAAGUUUAACCCUACUGUUUAGUGAAUGUGAGGCUUUCAAUAGGCCAUUUCCGAGUUCCAAAAACUCUCACUUUGAAAAUAAGGCUAAGUUCAAAACCUCUUUUUGUGUGGAAAUGAGGAGGCUUGGGGAAACUUAGAAGUAGCCUAUUUACAAGACUUCACACUAUUAUGGAAAUCAUUUAAGGUAGAGCAAAAUUAAUGCUCUACCAGGUCCAUUAGUUCAAAUGUGGAAUAGUACUGUAUGUAUCCAGGAUGUGAUGACUCUAUUCAGUGGACAAUGCAGUUAGUUUCUUUGAUUAACACAUCCACUGGAAAUAGCAAUAGUACUGCCACCCAACUGUUGAACAGUGGGGAGCUUAUGCGGUGACAAUGGCAGUGAAAACAUCGUUAAAAAAAUUAAUUUGCGUCCUUUCCAACUUCAUAGCGUUUAUUUAGACCCACUCAAUUUGUCAAAUGUAGGCGACUUUUCGUGGAGUUGAAUUCUUAAGGACUUUAUCCAGGGUCAAAAAGAGGAAUUAAAAUUUGUUGUUGUAUGUUACAUCCUCCAUAAUAGUCAGCGCAUUGGGUUUCACCUCUUUGUCAGUUAGUGGAUGUCAAAGAAAUGUACUAAAAAGCGUGAUGCAUGUUCAGAGCUGUUGUUUUACUGUUAAAGCCAAUUAUUGUUUUAUUAUGUUGUCAUUUUCAAGGUUGCAUAGUUGCCUAAGGUCCCUAAUAUUGGGGACAGAUUUUUUCACUAGACUGUUAAUUUGACUUUAAAGUCCUCUUCUGGCUAACAUAUCUUAACCUGACCAAAGAGAAGUUGCAUGUAUACGGUCACAGUAUUCUUUGUUAGGAAAAGUAACAAAUACAUGUGAAAGAUAGUCACCAGAUAAAUGUAAAAGAAUUUGAAGUAAAACCACUGGGUGGUAAUAU